UCGCCGAGUGCAUCAAAGAUAUGUUCUACCGGCACAUAGCGAUUUGGUCUGAUUUGAAAUAUAUUCAAGAAAAAGAUCUGUACGCUGGCGCUGAUUGGUAUGCGAGUGAGUGUGUGUAUGUAUUGCUUGGUCCCACGUUUCAAGAAGCGAAAACUCGAAUCAGCUAUGCGAUACGGAGAUCUUGCGAAAGUCACUUCGUUGGUUGUGCACAAGUGUUUCUAGCCACGGUGUUUAUGGUGAACAUUCGAACAAGUUUUUACGCACUGUCCGUGCUGUAAGCGGCAAGUAGAGUGAAUUGAUGCGGAUAAUUGUGAUCCGCUUUUUUAAUUUCUUAUUGACUUUUUCCUCUGCAUCUCAAGAUUCCUUAUGUUGUGGACAUAGGACACUGUGUGGACAUUAAUAACAACUAUACAGCCGACAACAUCAUGCAUUAUUCGGCGGAUAAUAUUACUAAUAAUUAUUCGGUUAUGGGCUCAACAUUUCCGCAAAUGUCCAGCAUGACAGCGGCCACCAUGCCCGGUGGUCACAUGCAGUAUAACGGUUAUGCGGCCGGGAAUUUUAUGACAUCCGCUAUCGCCCAUACACCAUCCACUAUUACGGCCAUGCCCGGUCACUUUUCCAGUGCCCACACCACCAAUCUGCCGCCCGUUAAUGUGCGCGCCAAUUUAACGCAGAAUGGCGUAUCAUCCGAUGCCUUAUCACCUUCAUUAAUGGUGCAACGUUCGAGGAAUCCCGAGAAGAGUUAUCGUAGAAAUUACACUCACGCCAAACCGCCGUAUUCCUACAUUUCCUUGAUUACCAUGGCCAUCCAGCAUUCACCGGCCCGCAUGUGUACAUUGAGUGAGAUCUAUCAGUUUAUCAUGGAUAAUUUUCCCUUCUAUCGCCAGAAUCAACAACGAUGGCAGAACAGUAUUCGCCAUUCAUUAUCCUUUAAUGACUGCUUCGUUAAAGUGCCUCGUACGCCUGACAAACCGGGCAAAGGAAGUUUCUGGGGUUUACACCCGGAAUCGGGUAAUAUGUUUGAAAAUGGCUGUUAUCUGAGACGACAAAAACGGUUCAAGUGCGAGAAACGUGAGGCAAGCCGUAGCACAAACAAAGGUUCAAGUGGAACGAGCAAUAGCUGCGGAAACGAAGACUCGAACCAAGACGCUGCCAGCGAAGAUGCGCCGAUCAAAUCUGAGCCAUCGGAAGAUUGCGCAUCCGCCGUCAACGACAACACAGCCAGUCCGCACAACAGCUCUCCAGCGCCGGUUAACGUAUCCUGCAUCACUGCCGGACCUAACGUUACCCAACCACCUAAUAAUUCCACCGCACAACAGCAACAGCGUCAUUCGCCUGCCUCCUUGUACAAUAAUCCCAAUAAUGCCAAAAUAGGAGACAGCAGCAGUCUGAACCCGGUGACACAAUCCAUGACCUCGGCCAAUCUCCAAAGCCACUAUCCCACGACAGCAGCUACCUCGUCGUCCAUGUUCGCCUCGAAUCCGGCGCUGUUCUCCAGUCAGUGGAAGAUUCAGGGCACGGAUUUCUCCCAUCUCCAUCCGGCCCACUUCUCCAUUGCCAACCUGAUGGCCGCUCAGGGCCCGUACAGUUCGGAGAAUCGCCUGCCCGGGAUUAUGUCCGAGCAUUAUAAGCCCAGCGGCACAGUGUCGGCCAAUGGGCCGUACGACAGUUCCUAUGCAGCACUGAAUUCCAUGACCAGCGCCUAUCCGCCGGCAUUUCAAAGCAAUCCCGAAUCAUAUUUCGGCUACAGCACAUCGGGACUAUGAUCGCAAUAUGUCUGUGCGUUGUACAAAUAUUAUUAGCAAAAUUAUAACAAUACCAGAGGAUCCGGCCGACCUAUGUAUAGGUUAGUCUGCGAGAUGACCUAUGUUUUUGCAGUAGUUUUUCUUUGUCUCUCAGGAUAAUAGUUCCUAAAAGCCAAAAACUUUAUUUAAGUUGACGUUUUACCUCUUCUUUAACAAUAAUCUCUUUCCUUUCAUGAUCUACUGUUGUUUUUUUCUUUUUUUGCCUGUUUUAAUUGUGUACACGUUUUAUUGUGUAUGUUGACGGUUAAUAUUCGAAUGAUACAAUUAUAUGCACUUGUCCGCCGAAGACAAAAUAACGCUGAUGUUUG